GACAGGCGUGUGGUUGUUUUUGCUUUUUGUACCCUAAAAAAAUUGGGAUUUUGAAAUGUUAAAAUGACACUUAAUGAAAAAACUAUGUUUAAAGUAUUUAUGAAUGCUUAAGGUUAGGCAAAGGAGGCUGAAGGAAUACAAGCCACAAAGGAGGAGGGAGCAGCAUGGGGAACUGCUGUCGGAAGAGUUGUGCUUGCCUAGAACCCUACAUACCUUGGCUUUUUGAAGCGUGUGACUGUGGGUCAGGAGAUAAGCCUGGCCAAACGAUCUGCAACACUUCUGUGAUAGAAAAAGAUUCCCAGGUUCGCCACUCCUCUGUAGGAGAUUGCAGCAAAACUGUACUGGGCAGAACCAAAGAAAAAGACCUGCCUCCUCUUCCUCCAUCGGAGCAGACUCGCAAAUUUGUGGCCCUGUUUGAUUUCCAAGCCCGUACGGAGGAAGACCUGAGCUUCCGAACUGGAGAUAAACUUGAAGUGCUGGACACCUCUCAAGGGAGUUGGUGGAUUGCGAAACGGCUUGUGGAGAAUGGUUUUACCAAGCCUGGACAGAAACGACAAGGCUACAUCCCAGCCAACUAUGUUGCCCCUGACCAGAGUAUUGAAGCUGAAGCGUGGUUUUUUGGUGCUAUGAAACGAGCAGAUGCCGAGAAACAACUGUUGUACCCUGAUAACCAGGCGGGAGCUUUCCUAAUCAGAGAAAGUGAAAGUCAAAAAGGCGAAUUCUCACUUUCAGUGCUGGAUGAAAAAAUUGCGAAGCACUACCGAAUCAAGCGGUUGGACAAAGGCGGCUUUUUUGUGACCAGAAGGAAACCUUUUCAAACUCUGAACGCUUUAGUCAGACACUACAGUACUUCCAGUGAUGGGUUGUGUGUAAAGCUUGGGAAGCCAUGUAUAAAGACAGAAGUCCCAGCUCCUCUUGAUUUGUCUUACCAAACCGUAGAUCAGUGGGAGAUAGACCGAAGUUCUCUGCAGCUCUUGAAAAGAUUGGGUUCUGGCCAGUUUGGCGAGGUCUGGGAAGGAUUAUGGAAUAAUACCACACCAGUGGCAAUUAAAACACUAAAACCAGGGUCAAUGGAUCCAAAGGACUUCCUGAGGGAAGCACAGAUUAUGAAGAAUCUGAGACACCCAAAGCUUAUACAGCUGUAUGCUGUUUGCACUUUAGAGGAUCCAAUUUAUAUUAUUACAGAACUGAUGAGACAUGGAAGUCUGCUAGAAUACCUCCAAAAUGAUAGCGGUUUGAGGAUCCAUUUGCCCCAACAGGUGGACAUGGCAGCUCAAGUUGCUUCAGGAAUGGCUUAUCUUGAGUCUCAGAACUACAUUCACCGUGAUUUGGCAGCCAGAAAUGUCCUUGUUGGUGAACACAAUGUUUACAAAGUGGCAGAUUUUGGACUUGCACGGGUUUUUAAGCUAGAAAAUGAAAAUGUAUAUGAAGCCAAACAUGAAACAAAACUACCUGUGAAGUGGACAGCUCCUGAAGCCAUCCGUUCCAAUAAGUUUAGCAUUAAAUCUGAUGUCUGGUCAUUUGGAGUACUCCUUUUUGAAAUAAUCACAUAUGGAAAGAUGCCUUAUGCAGGUUUGAUGGGUUUUCAAGUACUCCAGAAACUGGAUCAAGGAUACAGAAUCCCCCAACCAGCUAACUGUCCUCAAGAGCUGUACAACAUCAUGCUACAGUGUUGGAAUGUCGAACCCAAAGAUCGCCCAACCUUUGAAACAUUGCACUGGAGUCUGGAAGAUUAUUAUGACAUGGAUUCGUCAUCCUAUGCAGAUGCAAAUGCUUUUAUACAAUGAGCCACAAAUGUUUCCUACUGAUAAUUGAAUUAAAAAAUAUUCUCCCCUGCCCCCAAAACACACAACAUCCCUUUAGCAAAUAUGUUCCAUUAUCUUUAAAUGUCAACUAGUAAAACAUAAAUGCACAACACAGAGGACUCAACUAUGUAUAUAAGUCUAACAUCUUCACAGUCAAUCCAUGCUUUAGGAACAUAGGGAGCUGCCAUAAACUGAAUCAGGCCAUUGGUCCAUCUAGCCCAAUAUUAUUGAUACUGACUGGCAGAGACUCUCCAGGGUUUCUAGUAGGAUUCUUUCCUAGCCCUACCUUGGGAUACCUAGGAUGGAAUCUGGGACCUUCUACAUGCAAAACAUGUGCAUUAUCCCUGAGUUAAAGCCCUUAGAUGAAGCAGACUCUUGUCUGUGAGAGCAAUAUGUUUCUUAGGUUGCCACUUUGGGGAUAGGGUUCAGCACUUUGGAUAGUUCCUUUAGAGUUGUGGCUGGUUCUGACUGAAACCCAGAAUGGAUAAAAAGCCCCACUGAAAUUGGAGUCACCAGCCUCUAGUUGCUACGUCCAACUAAGGCAGCUAUUUCUCUGCAAUUUCCACCCAAGUAACUGUGAGCUCAGUCUAACCUCAAAAUAGACAAAUGGGGAGGUUAAAAUAGUGAUGAAUCUUAAGGAAUGCAAGCUUAUUAAAAUCUGUGACAAUACGCCAAGAUCUUGAUGGCAGUAGUUUGUCUUGUAAGAUUAAGCAAACUGAAACCUGCAGAAUUUUUAUCUUUUUGCUGUGCAAUGAAGUUACUUUUCUAUUUAUUAUUUAAACAGGAGAUGGGAAAGAGCACAAAUCAUAAACAGAUAGAUGCUGCACAAUAGGCAUUAUAACAUUGCACUUUUUAUAUAUCGGCCUGGGUUAUUUGUUAGUCUUCAGAUUCCACUGCUUAUCUGCUAAAUCCCAUCAGUUGGUCAUUAUGAAGGAAUUUGAUUGCUGUUGUGCACAGCAGGACCUGUGCAAAAAUACAUAUUUUCUUUCCUGUUCUUUCUCUAAAUACCCUGUGGCUACAAUUUUGGCAAUGAUGCACUAAAGGUCUUUGUUCUACAUGGAGCGGAUGGAUAUAUGCUUCAGAGA